AUGGCAGCUGAAGAAAACUGGCCGACGAAACUAUCAUCUAUUGCAGAGAGAACCAAAUUUAUCUUCAACAGUGAGUUGUUAAGCGAUNGUCCUGUUAACCCGAAGGAGCCUUUAUCCGUAGACACGUUGCAGGCAAUUGCCGAAUGUUAUGUUGCGAGUAAUUCUCUUGCCACUCUUCGUUUUUUGUUCAUAUUGUUAGUUGGUUUCUAUGGGUUUUUUCGUAUUGAUGAAAUUAACAGUUUUUGCCUUAAGGAUGUGACCAUUAAUGCUGACCAUAUGUCUAUUUAUGUCUCCAAGCGAAAAAAUGACCAGUAUCGGGAGGGUCACACCUCUUAUCUUGCCAGGUCUGGGAAAUCUACGUGCCCAGUUUCCAUUACUGAACGAAUUAUUCAGGUUUUGUCGCAGUCUAAUUCAUCGCUUCCGCUUGUUCGUCGUAUUGUGAAGUCCAAAUCUGGCGAGUAUUUCCACGCUAGCAAGGGCGUGUCUAAUUCUACUCUUAGAGAGGAAUUCAAGAAGUACAUCCGGCCCUUUGUUGACGACGUUUCAAAGUACGGCACGCAUAGUAUGAGGUCUGGUGCAGCGUCGAACGCCGCUUGUAGGCGCAUACCGGGCGAUUUAUUGGAUAUGCAUGCUGGGUGGAGGUGUCCUUCCUCGAAGAACAGAUACAUUAAACAUACAAUUAAAGAUCGUUUAAGCGUUUCAAAAUCGCUUUUGCUCUGAGGGUAUACUUUACGCUAGUUUACAGUUUAUUCUUGUCAUUAGUUUGCGAUUAUUUUGUGCUUUUUUGCUAGUUUAUAACUAUUGUAGUUCUAGUUUACUAUUUACUGCAAUCAAUUUAUUUAUCGUAUUUAUUAUGUCCAUCUAUUUCCUGUUGCCUAGAAGUCCUGGCGGGGGACGUAAGUGAUGCCUGGCCCGUCCCAGAUUUCCUGUCCUGUGUUUUCCCUACAGGGUUUUUUGAGGCAGGUUUUUUCUGGCCCCACUGGCUCGCUUACUUGCAGUUGACAGAUCCGGUUACGAUUAUAAUCAUAUAUCUCAAUUGUAGUUCAAUAAACUGAUUGAUGGCGUUGCUCGCAGCCCACAAUCCAAUGUUCUCCAUGAUUUGUUGUGUCUU